AUGAAUAAAAGAACUGGGUUUGUUAAUCUACUGCAUAGUCAAUCUUCAGUUGACCUUGAGUCACCCGAACCUGCUUGGUUCGGUAGCCAAGGUCCUGUCGAGUCUUGUGUCCAGCCUGGUGUCAAGUCUUGUGUCCAGCCUGGUGUCGAGUCUUGUAUCCAGCCUAGUGUCGAGUCUGCUAUGAAGGAGAGGAGGAAAUGGUCUCCGAAUGAGGAUAAAAUCCUCAUUGGUGCGUGGCUUAACACCAGUAAAGACCCUGUAGUCAUGAAUGACCAGAAAGUUGAACGUUUUUGGAAGAGGAUUGUUGACUACUACAACGCAAGCCCUCAACUGGUUGGGACAAUAUCUAGAGAGCUUGGUCCGUGCAAGCAGAGGUGGGCUAGGAUUAACGAGCAAGUCUGUAAGUUCGUAGGAUGCUAUGAUGCAGCGUCGAGGGGGCAGAGAAGUGGUCAGAAUGAUGAUGAUGUGAUGAAAGCUGCCCUCGACUCAUUCUUCAACAUUUACGAGCACAAGUUCAGCCUCGAACAUGCGUGGAGGGAGCUGAGGCAUGACAAGAAAUGGUGCUCCACCUAUAUCGUUAAAGAUGGUGGGAAGGACAAGCGCAAACAAGUGGUGGACGUUUAUAGAGAAGAUGAAGUUGCCGAACCUGAAAGUAAACCAGUUGGUAUGAAAGCUGCUAAAGCUGCUGGUAAGAGGAAGAAGAGUGGCAAAGAAGAAGAGAUGUCACAGCUACAUGCUAUCAUGGAAAUGAAAGAAAAACUCUAUAAACAGAAAAUUCUAGAUCGUUUACUUGCCAAAAAAGAUCCACUAUCUGAGAUGGAAGAAACUCUUAAACUCAAACUCAUGUCUGAGAUGUUAUGA